GCCCUCUGAGCGGGGGCCGCUCUGCGCGCUGGUCGGCGGCGCGGUCGCCUGCUGCUGGCGGUGGUCCGGGGCGUUCCUGGCCGCUCCGGCCCCGCGCGGCACGCCUGCGGGCCCGCGCCAGCCGCUUCUGGCUGGCGGCGCGAGCGGGAAGCGGUUGGAUGGCGGCCGCACGGGCAUGAGGGCGGAGUGGGUCCCCCGCAACAGCGGUUUCACCGAUGCCGAUCUCGCGGCGGAGAGGCGCAGGGCGAUGGCCCUCCCCGACCCCCCUGGCUACAGCGGGCCCAGGUACACCGGCAGGGGCUCCAUCACGGACCAGUGGGUUAAGGACCUGAUGGAGAUGCAGAAGGGCGACGUGCGCCUCCCCAAGAAGGACGCCACGCUGAUGGUCCUGGACGUGAUCGACAUCCUGGGGAAGGAGCCCAACGUCCCCUCCCUGAGCAUCCCCAGCGGCGGAAGCAUGUCCGUCGUCGGAGACACGCACGGCCAGUACUGGGAUCUGUUCACCACCCUUGGCAUUACUGGUCCGCCGGGCCCUGGCAACCCUGUCGUCUUCAACGGGGACAUGGUGGACCGCGGCUCCUGGAGCAUCGAGGUGGUCCUGUCAAUAUUCGCCAUGAAGCUGAAGGACCCCCAGUUUGUGGGGAUCAACCGGGGCAACCACGAGAUGCUGGAGGCCAACAUGAUUUACGGCUUCUGCGGAGAGUGCGAGGCCAAGUACGGCGUGGAUCUUUUCGACCUCUUCUCCGAGGCGUUCCGGCGCCUCCCCCUCGGGCACUUGGUCGACAACAAGGUCUUGAUCUUGCACGCUGGCAUGGGCGGGCCCGACCCGCGGAUCUGGAUGCCAGGACAGACACACGACCCCACCGACUCCAUCCCGCUGAACUCGAACCUGCCGACCCUGGCAGCAAUCCAGGCCGUGGACCGAAACACGGAGAUCAGCCCCGACGCCUACCAGGAGAGCAUUGGGCCCUCCAGCACCGACAAGGCCGUGGUCGACGAGAGGCUGCUGAUCGAUAUCCUCUGGAGCGACCCUCGUGGAGGCGGGGGCUACGGCCCCUCCUACCGCAAGUCCAAGGGGGUCUACAUGUACGGCCCGGACGUCUCGGCCGCGUUCUGCGAGGCCAAUGGCCUGCAGUGCAUCAUCCGCUCCCACGAGGUCAAGGCGGACGGAUUUCGGUGGGACCACCCAAAGGUGGUCACCGUCUUCAGCGCGCCCAAUUACCUCGACACAGGCAACAACAAGGCGGCGGUGCUCAAGCUGACCCAGUCGGCCCCGGGCAGCGAGGUCACGAUCACCCCCACCGUCUACGAGGCCGUGAAGCACCCGGACCUGCCACCCAUGCACUGGCAGUCGGUCGUCGCCGAGAAGUACCCGCACUUGACCAGGAAGAUGAAGAAGAAAGGUGGUUCUGCGAUGGACUUCGACGACUUCGGCGACUCCGACUUCGCCGGCAUUAUGAACUUUGACGAGUGGGAGCCGGACGAGGCCGAGGCCUUCCAAGAUGCCUUCAAGCUCGACGGCUACGGCCGCGAGCUGAAGCCAGGGGUUCCCCUUUUCAAUCUGCUCGAGAAGUUCAAUGGCGAGAAGCCGUUCGAGACGAUUGCCAAGGGCGGGGAGUCGCGCGAGAUCAGGAGGUACAGCCUGCGCCGAAUUCCGCCCUACAUCGUGCUGAUCGUGAAGCGGUUUAGAAACAACAAUUUCUUCGUCGAGAAGAACCCGACGAUCGUCACCUUCCCUCUCAAGGGGCUCGACCUGCGCGACUACAUUCACCCCGACUGCCAGCCGGCGAACCCGGAGACGAGGUAUGACCUGGUCGCCAACGUGUGCCACGACGGCAAGCCUGAGAAGGGUACGUACAAGGUUCAGGUGUACCACGCGCCGGUCGCCCAGUGGUUCGAGAUCCACGACCUCCGGGUCACCGCUGUGCUGCCGCAGAUGGUGGCGUUGACGGAGAGCUACAUCCAGGUGUACCAGAGGCAAGACGUCAAGUCCGACGGCGAGUUCGGCAAGUUCGAGAUGGAGCUUCCAGAGAUGGGCCAGGAGGUGGACACCGGCGUUGCGGCGGAGAUCGAGAUGGCGCCAGAGGACCUCGCAGAGGCCGGUAUCAUCAUCGGCUGAGCGGGCCUCUGUUUCGUCCUCGUCCGCCUCCCCCGCCACGAGGAGGAUCGAAGGAGAAGACAAGCCUCUCGGAGCUCCGCGUGGAUUUUUUUGAUAGACGUUGGUCCCUCUGGCGGCGCCUCCAGCGCCGCCGUGGCGCUCUCCGCGCGCCAAUGAGGGAGUGUUUGUUUUGUUGAACCCUCUGAGCCAUAACGCGCCGCGUGCCCCCCAUCCUCCCCCCCCCGUUUUC